AUGCCUCACUUAAUCAAAUUAUUAAACACCACAAAUCUUAAUUGGUUACAAUCCUCAAAAUUUAGAUCUCUACGAAUCAUUAAUUCAAAUAUUGGCACUUAUGGAUGUGGUAAUAGAAGGACAAAGUUAAUCGCAUCAAUAUUACGUAAUAAUAGAUGUGGUAGCGUUCGCUUGUAUCAUGAUGAUGGCGCUUUUGGGUAUAGAAUCCCUAGAGUAUUUAGUAUGCCUGAUUAUACGCAGGAGGAAUUAUCAAAUAGAAUCGAAAAUGCAAAUUUACUAAGACUUGUUACUGCUUAUAGAACUCAUGGUCAUAGAUGUGCGUACAUUGAUCCUUUAGGAAUCAUGGAACGAGAAGAAGUUGUUGCUUUAGAUAAUACUCGAUAUGGGUUAACGGACCCUACGAAGGUUUAUAACUUGAUUGGAAUCCUGCAUGCAAACGAAUCAAAAACAUCUACGAAUUCAAAAGUUGAAGCAAAUCUCGGAUAUAUUAUUUCGCAUUUAAAAAAAGUUUAUUGUGGUAAAGUUGCUUACGAGUUUAUGCAUAUUCCAAAUGCAAGUGAAAGAAGAUGGUUUUAUUAUAUGAUAGAAUCUUUUAAUACUGUGUCGUUGACCCCUCAACAAAAACGGAGAAUCUUUGAAGUGCUAACUAGAUCGGAGGUAUUCGAUCAUUUUAUGGCAAAGAAAUUUCCUCAAGUCAAACGCUAUGGUCUAGAAGGUGCCGAAUCAAUGAUUGUGGCUUUAGAUAGACUAUUUGAAGUGUCCAAUAAAUCUGGAAUUGUCGAAGCUGUUUUAUGUAUGCCACAUAGGGGUCGUCUAAACCUAUUAACAGAUUUGCUACACUUUUCGCCAACAAGAUUGUUUCACAAAGUUAAAGGAAAUCCCGAGUUUCCUGAAGAGUUACCUGCUACUGGCGAUGUUCUGUCACAUCUAGCCAUCUCACCAACAUUGGAAUACGGUGGUGCAAAACCUAUUACUAUAUCAAUGCCACAUAAUCCUUCUCAUCUUGAGGCAGUAAAUCCAAUAGCAAUGGGAAAGGCACGUGCAAAACAAAUGGACCUUAUAAAAUCAGAAACCGAUUGUGACCUUGGAGAUCGUGUUAUGUGUAUACAAUUACAUGGUGAUGCGGCAUUUACAGGGCAGGGUACCAUAAUGGAAAGUUUUGGAUUAUCAAAUUUGCCACAUUUUUCUUCUGGUGGAUCGAUACAUAUUGUAGUGAAUAAUCAAUUGGGUUAUACAACUCCUGCGCAAAAUGCUAGAAGCAGUUGGUAUUGUAGUGACAUUGGAAAAAUGAUUAACGCUCCUGUAAUUCAUGUUAAUGGUGAUUUUCCUGAGGAAGUAACUCGAGCUAUUGAUAUGGCAUUUGAGUAUAGAAAUAAAUUUCGAAAAGAUGUUAUCAUAGACUUGAUAAGUUACCGUCGAUGGGGGCAUAAUGAACUUGAUGAACCUGCAUUUACACAGCCAUUGAUGUACAACAAUAUAAGGUCAAGAAAGAGUGUACCAAAGUUGUAUGAAGAAAAGCUAUUGACGGAAGAAUCGAUUCUUUCAGAGAGUGACAUUUCAGAAUUCAGGAAGAAUUAUUUUAAUACUUUGGAAGAACAUUAUAAAAUUAGUGAUACAUAUAAACCAGAAGCGGAUAUGCUAAAAAAGAAAUGGAAUGGACUUAUUAUGCCAACUGAAACUGUUACUAAAAUGGACACAGGUGUUUCAAGAGAAAUUUUAGAAAAGAUUGGAAAGACAUCUGCAGUUCAUCCAAGAUUAAAAAAAUUUCAUAUUCAAUCAAGAUUGCAAAAAAUUUCUACAGGAAAGAAUAUUGAUUGGGCUACAGCAGAGGCGUUGGCACUUGGAUCAUUAAUGUUAGAAGGGCAUAAUGUAAGAUUAUGUGGUCAAGAUGUUGGUCGAGGAACGUUUAGUCAACGUCAUGCAAUGAUUGUGUGUCAAGAUACAGAAAAAAUUGUUGUGCCAUUGAAUAAUUUAGCACCUGAUCAAGGAAUGUUCGAGGCAUGUUUUAGAUCAAUUGAAUUGGCUGUUGUAGGAUUUGAGUAUGGAAUGUCAUAUGAAUCUCCACACAAUCUUAUUAUCUGGGAAGCCCAAUUUGGGGACUUUUUCAAUGGAGCACAAGUUAUUAUUGACACUUACAUUUCUAGCGGUGAAUUAAAAUGGUUGAGACAGUCUGGGCUUGUGAUGCUUUUGCCACAUGGUUAUGAUGGUGCAGGACCUGAACAUUCUAGUUGUAGGAUUGAAAGGUUUGAUAUCUUAGAUGAAAGUAUACCUAACAAUCCAAAUAUGCAUAUUGUGAACCCAACAACACCUGCACAAUAUUUCCACGUUUUAAGAAGACAGAUGAAAAGAGACUUUAGAAAACCGCUAAUAAUAGCUACACCAAAACUAUUACUAAGAUCACCUGUGGCAGUAUCUAAUUUUGAAGAUAUGUUACAUGGAACUACGUUUUUACCUAUUAUUGGAAAUAAAUCCGUUGAUGAUGAUAAUAAGGUUGAGAAAAUUGUAUUUGUAUCAGGAAAAAUAUAUUACGAUUUAAUUAAAGAAAGGCAGAAUAAGAAAAUUGAAGAUAAAGAGUUAUGCCCAUUUCCAAAAUCUGAUAUCGAAGAAGAAUUAAAAAAAUAUACCAAUGCUAAAGAGUUCAUUUGGUGUCAAGAAGAACCACAAAAUAACGGUGCUUAUACAUUUGUUGAACCAAGAUUAAGGCAGUUAUUGUCAUCCAAACAAGAGUUAAAGUAUAUAGGAAGACCACCAAGCGCUGCACCCGCAGUUGGUAUUUCGAAAUGGCACAAUGCGGAAAUUAAAAAGAUUUUAGAAAAC